UUAUAAAAAAAAAACAGAGAGAAGUUAAAAGAAAAUCACCAAACAGAGGCAAAGAUUUGAGAAACCAAUGACAUCCUCAUCACCGAGCAGCACGACAAUGACGACGACGACGAUAACUACGGUCUCCACAGAAGAUGAUUCAGAGAAGAGAGACAACAGUAACUGCUACUUCCCGGAUUGUCGCAAAGACGCGAACUGCAGCUGCGAGAUCUGUCUCGACAGCCUCAACGCGACGCUCGAUCUCAUGCCUCUCAGCGUGCAGAGAAGCUCUCUCACCAAGCUCUCUUACGCAUCAUCAUCCGCUUUCAAACCCACCGUAGAGUCCACUCCGAGUUCGUUUGACCCGGAUGUGGUGGUCACCACGCCCGCCUCUGUUUCUCGCCCAAUAUCAUCGAAGGUGAAGAAGAUCUCUCCGCCGAGGAAGAAGAAAGUGGUGAAGAAUGAAGAACCGAGGAAGAAAGAGAAGAAGAGAAAGUCACUGACUUGCGUUGUUAUUAUGAAAGUGGUGUUGGUGAUUGGUUUGGUUCUGUGUUUGGAGUUAGGGUUUGGUUGGGUGGUUAGAGGGGUUUUGAGACCUGAGUUUACAGAUGAGAUAGUGAGAAUCUCUGGGGAGAGAUCUCAGGCUGCUAGGGAUCUAGGCGCGAAGAUGAGAAUCUCGGAAGAUGAACUAAAGGGUUUUGCUAAAAAUGGAAAGUUUUGUAGCUGCGUAGAUUCCAAAUCCAAUUGGAAAUUCAAUCAGGAUGGUCCUAUGCUGAACUCAAAGUGUGUUCUGUACAAGUCCGCCACUGAAGAAGUGAGUAUAUGGGGAUGGCCUUUGCAGACAGCUGGAUUGUUCUGUACCGGGUCCUCCUCAAGUUCCAUCACCGUCUUAUCAGGUCGAGUAACUGAGUGGUCAGAAGGGAACUUCGGUUACUCGAUACAUGAGGCCAACACUUCGUGGGGGAAAACCAAAUGGAGCACAUCGGUUCUGCAGUUAGAUCCCAACACAUGGGUUCUUGAGUACAGUUUAAGUUCAGUGACCGAGAGUUCGAGUUUGUUGUCACUGACCAUUGAUCUCCUGACACGCAUGAUGGUCCAAGCAGCAAAGAAUGUAAACCGGGAGCUUUUCUGGAUGUUUUCAGCCUCCUCAAGGAAAUUGUAUAGUGAAGUGGUGUCAGAGGCUAGCACUACAAUGACACCAACUUAAAACAAACUCACCAGGAACAAAGAAAAACAAAGCAAUCGUUUUGUUUUUUCAUUGACAUCUUGUCAUCAUCAUCAAUUUCAUCAAUGAUCAUCUUUUAGGUAGUAAUAGUAUAGUCAAUGAACAACAAGUGCUGAUGUUGUAUCCAUUUUCUUUUGGUUUACUGUGAAUUGUGGGAGAACUGUAAACGCUGUCGUUUUGGUUAAAUACAAUCCGGUUCUGGCUCAAUACAAGUUUUAUUCCAUUUGGUUUGGUUCA